CGGCCCUGUUGCCAUGGGAGCGUGGCUGCGGCCGGCCCGGGCGCUGGGCAGAGGCGGCCCGGGCUGCUCCUCCGCUGCCCUCGCCUCAGUGGCCCGGGGGUGGGGGCGGCCGGACCAAAGCCCCCAUCGCUGCAUCUCUCCUGCUCGUCUCCGCGGCGCUCGGCCCGCAGCAGGCACCGAGGCAGAAGACACCUGGGCACCAAGGGACGUGGCCGCUGCCUGCUGAGGCCUUCCGGGCAGCGCAUCUCCGGCCUCAGUGUCAGGAAUCCGGUUCCAGCCCCGCCGCGUCCUCUUCUGGGUGCGUUACAGAACAGGACCGGUUACCGCCACACUAAAGACUGUAGCUCUGGCCCCCCGGGCAUACAGAGCCUGGGCGCCAAGCGGCAAAAUAGACGUGACAGCACGCACGCGUCCUCCAGGAGACAGUGGAGAGCUGGGAUACAGAACUCUUCCCUGAUCUUCUGAGCAGCCCGUGUGUGCAGAAUGCCCCACAAGAUUGGAUUUGUAGUGGUCAGCUCUUCUGGACAUGAAGAUGGCUUCAGUGCCCGGGAACUAAUGAUCCACGCACCGACUGUCAGUGGCUGGAGGUCACCAAAGUUCUGCCAGUUUCCACAAGAGAUUGUCCUCCAGAUGGUGGAGAGGUGUCGAAUAAGAAAGCUGCAGUUGCUUGCUCACCAGUACAUGAUCUCCAGCAAGGUCGAGUUCUACAUCAGUGAAAGCUUGCCUGAGUACUUGGUGCCGUACCAAGGAGAGCGGUUCCGCAGACUGGGCUAUGUCUCUCUGUGUGACAACGAGAAGACAGGCUGUAAGGCCCGGGAGCUGAAGUCUGUAUAUGUGGAUGCCGUGGGGCAGUUUCUCAAACUGAUUCUUCACCAGAACCAUGCCAACAAGUACAACAUAUAUAAUCAGGUGGCUUUGGUUGCGAUAAAUAUCAUUGGAGACCCUGCAGAUUUUGGUGAUGAAAGCAAUAUUACCUCUAGAGAGAAGCUGAUUGACCAUUACCUGGGCCAUAGUUCCCACAAUGAGGACCCAGCCCUGGAAGGAAGUUUUGCUGGGAGAUCGGACUACAUCUCUCCACUUGAUGACUUGGCCUUUGACAUGUACCAAGACCCUGAAGUCGCACAGAUCAUCCGCAGGCUGGAUGAAAAGAAACGGGAAGCUGUCAAGAAGGAGCGCUAUGACCACGCAAAGAAACUGAAGCAAGCCAUCGCUGACUUACAGAAGGUCGGUGAGCGCCUGGGGCGCUAUGAGGUGGAGAAGCGCUGCGCCGUGGAGAAAGAGGACUAUGACCUGGCCAAGGAGAAGAAGCAGCAGAUGGCACGCUACCGUGCCCAGGUGUACGAACAGCUGGAGCUGCAUGGCCUCCUGCAGGGCGAAACAGAGAUGCAGAGACCCUUCGCUUUGCCCCUCCAGCCCCUUGCAUCUCCCAGCAGCCCCCAGCACUGGAAGACAGUGUCCUCACACCCACGCACAGAAGAGCUGGUACCAGAAGACACAUUUGCAGGCCCUGCCCUCCAGGAAAAGCCUUUGGCCUACACCUUGGCAUCUUCUCCUCGGCAUUUAGCAGUGGACCAGCCCCCGCCUGCUGCAGGCCCUGCGCCUAGGAGCCAUGUAGACGCCCUGCCCUACGAUGAACGGCCUCUUCCUGUUACUCGAAAGCAGCUGGGGGAAGCACCUGCAGAGCCAGAAGUGAUAGAGGCAGACAGCAGUGACGUCCGGAGACGCGGUAUCUCAGGGGAGCCAGAGCCCUUGACAGAGAAGGCCUUGAGAGAAGCCAGUUCUGCCAUCGACACCUUAGGCGAAGCCUUGGUGGCUGGGGCCUAUUCCAAGACGUGGUCCUGCCGAGAAGACGCACUGCUGGCAUUGUACAAGAAGCUGAUGGAGAUGCCUGUUGGAACCCAGAAGGAAGAUCUGAAAAACAUACUCAGAGCAUCUGUCUUUCUCGUCAGAAGAGCCACAAAGGACAUUGUGACCGCAGUCUUUCAGGCUUCAUUGAAACUGCUGAAAAUGAUAAUUACGCAGUAUAUUCCUAAGCACAAGCUGAGCAAACUGGAAACAACGCACUGUGUGGAGAGAACCGUGCCCCUUUUACUCACCAGAACCGGAGACUCCUCUGCUCGCCUCCGCGUCAUAGCUUUGAAUUUCAUUCAGGAAAUGGCCUUGUUUAAGGAGGUGAAGUCUCUCCAACUCAUUCCGUCCUACCUGGUGCAGCCACUGAAGGCCAAUGCUUCUGUUCAUCUGGCAAUGAGCCAGGUGGACCUUCUGUCCCGGCUGCUGAGAGACCUGGGCACUGAGAACUCAGGCUUCACCGUGGACAAUGUGAUGAAGUUUGCACUGAGCGCCCUGGAGCACAAGGUGUAUGAGGUACGAGAGACAGCGGUCAGAGUCAUCCUGGACAUGUACAGGCAGCACCCAGCCCUCACCCUGGAGCACCUUCCUCCAGAAGACAGCAGCACACGCAGGAACCUUCUCUACAAAGCCAUUUUCGAGGGGUUUGCUAAGAUAGAUGGCAGGCCGACAGAGGCCGAAGUCAGGGCCCAGAAAAGAGCAGCCACGAGGGAAGCAGAAAAGCAGAAGAGAGAAGAGAUGAAGGCUCUGCAGGGCCAGCUGGCGGCACUGAGAGAGACCCAGGCUGGAGCCCAGGAGAAGGAGGAUGACUCCAUGAAGAUCAAGAAUCAAGACCCUCAAGGGAGAAAAGCUGCCCCACCUGACAUUCCAGAGAUCCCAGAUAACCACUAUUUGGAUAAUCUGUGCAUCUUUUGUGGGGAGAGGAAUGAGUCCUUCACAGAAGAGGGCCUGGACCUCCACUACUGGAAACACUGCCUCAUGCUGACGAGAUGCGACCACUGCAGGCAGGUGGUUGAGAUCUCCAGCCUGACGGAACACCUGCUGACAGAAUGUGACAAGAGGGACGGGUUUGGGAAGUGCCAUCGCUGCAGCGAAGCUGUUCCCAAGGAGGAGCUUCCCAGGCACAUCAAAACCAAGGAGUGCACCCCUGCCAAAUCGGAGAAGGUGGCAAACCGAUGUCCUCUGUGUCAUGAGAACUUUGCCCCUGGAGAAGAGGCGUGGAAGGCUCAUCUGAUGGGCCCUACCGGCUGCACAAUGAACCUGCGAAAGACACACAUUCUCUCCAAGGCCACAGCCCCGCAGCAAGGGAAGGGCCCAGCAGCAUCGAAGUCAGGCACCUUAGGACCCAAGGUUGGAAGCAAGAUCCCCACCCCAAAGGGAGGCCUGAGUAAGAGCUCCAGCAGAACGUACACGAGGCGCUGACAGUUGCCACUUCUGCCUCUGCCAAGGGCUGUGCAAGUUUCCCAUUCUAAGCCAUGUGUGUUGACAUAGUGAUGCAGGGUUCAGUACCUGCUGUCCCUUGGCUCUUGUGUCACCGUGUCUACUCUCACAGGAACAGAGUGUAUGGAUAUGACCAAAGAACCCUUCCCGGGCUAGGCCACACAGUGCUGGGCCCUUUGUGCUCAGGCACAGAAGUACCUCUCACUCAGGAAGCCAGCAAGUGCAGUGCCCACUUUCCUUACUACUGAGAUGUACCCCAGACUUGGAGCUCACUGGUGGCUGUUGCACAUGGUGGACUUUGCACGGGGCUGAGCUCAGCUUUGGUGGCUCUGGAAGACAGCAGCAGCCAGGCUGAACCUGCUGUGCUGACUCUCACUGACCCGUCUGCUAGGGUGUCGCACCGUAGACAGCGGCGAGCAAUAAAGGAAGCAAGCACAAGACGGCCACUCUAAGAACAGGUCCCUCCCUCCGACACACACUGUGCCCCGUGCUCCUCGUGCACACUGUCCGCGUCUCCACUGGCAGCCCUGCCUUGAUGUCUUCCCUCUGCUGCCCAGUCCUAAGUGGAUUUUGGACGAUGUCCCCCUUGGUUACCAUAUUCUCACCUGACUGUAGCCCACCUGCAAGCCUGUUUGCGGUAUGGCACAAAUGAGCACCUCCCAUGUUUGCCUAACCCACAAAGACAAGUCCCGCACCUUGCUGGCCCAGAGCCUCCAGAUCAGGUGUGUGACAUCCUGUGAUGUAAGUGACCCCACUUUCCCAAAGCAUUCCUAGUGUGUCACUCUCAAGUGCUUCACUGAACUGACUCAGACCUCAGGAGACAGCUGUCAGCAUCCUCAACCCGCCUUCCUCCCAGGAGCUCCGCUCAGACACCCAUCUUUGGGAAGGACGAGUCCAUCUGAAACUCCUGUCACUGCCGUCACCAUGGGCUGAAGGGCGGCCCACUGAGGCCCUGCCUGCUUUCUAAGGUUUCCUCGUGCCCCCUUGAAAUGUCUAAGAUUGAGAUAAUGAGUGUUAUAAAAUUAGGGCAUAUUUCUUUAAAAUUCCCAACCAUGUAAAAUGAAAUCCAUAAAGAUACAGGUGCCUGAGCAGCGAGCAUGCUGGGUGGUGAAUCCCAUGAACUCACCCCUGCUUUUGGCAAACAGCUCCUACUAUGCUUGGCUCAGUGUCAAGUGAACGGGAUCUGUUGAGAGGAAGACCCUGACCGAGGCUUUAGUGUGGAGAGAGCACGAAAUGACUGAGAAGGCCAAGACGGGUACCAGAGGAUGACAAGGUGGUCUUCCGGGUCAGAUGCGGCCGCUGUCUUCCAGCCCAUCCCCAAGUACGGAUGACAAUGGGAAGUUAACCUCAGAACUUAAGAAAUAGAUACAUGUAACGCUUCCUAUCUAUUGGAACUUAAGAUAUUUGUAAAAUUCCUCCCUCCUUAGCCUGGCGUGGGGGCUCACACCUGUACUCCUGGCACUUGGGAGGCCGGAGUCAGAAGCUCACCACAAGUUCAAGGGGAGCCUGGGCUCCAGAGUGAGGCUCUGACUCGAAACUAAACAGAAGAAAGAGGAACCCUUCGUUUUUAGCCACCAUGUUUGCCUGUUACGGAAUCAUGAGUCUCUGCGUAGGUGGCGGCGGCGUUGCAGCCACGAAGCUCCACACCACUGUGCUUGACUUAGGGGAGGAGCUAAGAGUCCCCACCAUUCAUAACAUCAAGACGUGGGGCACUCCUCAAGCUUCACAUAUGACACUCCGUGGGUAUUUAAUAUUUAUUUAUAUUUUUCAUAAAAGAUACUCUAUUAAAUCUAAUUUAAAAUAAUUGUGUCAUAUCUGAUACUAGAAUACAUUGUAAAUAUCUUUAAUGAAAAUUUGCAACUUUUUAAUGUUUUAACUAGUUUUUCUAUUUGUCUUUAUUUCAGGUGCCAGAAGUAUAAAAUAAUAUAUUUUUAUUGUUAUUGUUUUAGGUUUAUGUGCUAACUUGCCUUGUGUAUAUUAAUACAGUAAAAAGAUCA